AUGGCCAACGUGCCAUACCAAGCCGGCCUCAGGUUCGGCCACGCCCUCGCCAUCCAACAAGUCCGUGACGUCAUGGACAAGCUCUUCCACCCCGCCGUCAUCAACUCCCUCACCAUAGUACUCGACCGGAUCUCCAUGCCCCCCUUACCAUUCGAGAUCACGUCCCCCAGAGCAGCCCUUGUAGCCGCCCCUGGGCCCGCCUCCAGAGCCCUUCACCCCGAUCCCGUCACCGGAGGCCUCCUGGCGAUUCCUCCCCUGCCAAUGUACGUGGAAGCCCCAGGCCCUCCUCAUCCUGCGCCUGAGCCUUGCCUUCCUGCGACUCCGACUCACCAUCAUACAAGCGGAGCUCUCCAUUCCACGGCUAGUUGUCUCCCCGAUUCUUCCGCCAGAGGGGAUUCAGAGGAACUCACCCCAGCCCCGCCGGUCCGGAGACGCGGUCGCACGGCCCGUGACGCUCCCUCUGCCCUCGUCAAAGAAGAGGUGCAAGAAGACGCUGCUCCAGUGCAGCCUGUGCGGAGAGGUGUCCGCACAACAAGAAGCCAGGUCUCGUAUGCCGAGCCCUCUCUCGCUGCCGCUGAACUGGAGGACGCUCACGAGGCUUACGUCCCGAGGCCUGGCCGUCAGAGCAAGCACGGUCUGUGCUCUGAGACGCUCCUCGACUCAGGUUCUGAGGAUGCUGCUCCCGUCCAGCCGGCCCGUAAACGCGGCCGCCCAAGAAAGAACAUCGCGCCGCCCGAGACUCUUGUCAUGGCGGAUCCUAAGCAGGAGGAGGAAGAAGGAGAAGCCACCGCUGAAGAAGACCUCACUCCAGUCCAAGCUCCCAAGAAGCGUGGCCGGGGUGGCCGCCCAAGAAAGAACGUCGUGCCGGCCGAGACUCUUGUUGCGGCAGAUCUCAAGCAGGAGGAGCAGGAGGAGGAAGAAGCCCCCGCUCCAAAGCGUGGCCGUCUCAGUACCACUGCUUCAUCCCCCGAGGCUACCGUCGAAGAGAAACUCGCUCCAGCCCAGGCUCUCAAGAAGCGCGGCCGCCCAAGAAAGGUACCUCCUUCACAGGUUGGCCGGAGCGUCCUCGUUCCCUUCGAGGGGAAGCUUGUUGAUCAGAAGAUGAAACGUGGAAGGGGGAGAAAGAAGGUGGUUGUGUCUGAUACUGAUACUAGCACUGCUGAGACGCACGGUGUUGCGGCGAAGCACGAAGAUUCGGAGUGGUGA